AUGGCUGACUAUGAUAGGAGACAAUCUGGAGGAUACAGUCGCAAGAGACGCUAUAGAGAUGACGACGAUCAGUAUGACCGACGCCAGAAGCGGCGCCAGGACUACGCGCCGCUACCAGUCCGAUUCAGAAAACAGCUCGUGGCCAUUGCUGAGUCGCCGCUCCGCCGAUGGGCCGACGAGGUGCUUUCACUCGCGCAGAUGAUUACCGACAACUACGACGACGAAAACCUACGCAGCCUCUACGUCAACCUGGUCCUGCAAAUGGUGAUUGAACAGCCUCUCAAGACGCCGUUUGUUGCCGCCGUGGUGCUCGUCGCCAAUGCGCUCAAGCCCGAGGCCAUGGAGAUUGUCCUCGAGCGUGUCGCCAAGGACCUCGAAGGAGCCAUUGCUAGCGGCCAGUGGACAGAGGUGAAGCUGUAUCUCAAGUUCAUGGCCUGUUUGCAGAGUAAUUUGGAGGGCGAUGGUGUGUUUCCCCUGCUGGAGGAGCUCUUCAACCGCGCGGCCGAUCUGCAGACAGCUAGCUCUGAUGAUACGAUCGGAACUGAAAUUGUUAAAAUCAUUCUCCUCACGAUCCCAUAUGUCAUGGUCGCUGCACCGGGCGAAUUUAAGCAAAAGGCCGCGGAGCUCAUGGACAAGACCGACAUCAUCGCUUCCGAACCCCAUGCGCUGCAUGCGCUUGUCGACCCCUACUAUACCACAGACGACGGAGCAGACUCGAAUGCUUCUGCCAGCAUGCUGGUGCUUCUACAAAAGCAGCUGCAGACAGAAGCUGCCAACGACUGGAAGCUGCAAUGCCUCCCAAGACCUUGGCAGAUGUCGCUCGCGGACGUGGAGACGCAGGACAAGCUGGCGGGUGCUCGCAAGCAUGCUAUUCCCGCCAUCUCUAUCCCGGCCAAUAUGGUCGCCGGCCCGCGCGCCCUCUUCCCAGAAGUGUAUUUGUCCGUGUACUCGAAUCAGGAGGUCGAGUCUGUGCCUGGCACGCAGCACGUUGCCUCAUCACUCAUCCGCGAUGUGCUUGUCGACACCGUCAAUGGUCUCAACUUCAACCGAAAUGCCACGGCUCGCUUCCUCAUGGACAUUGACUGCUAUUUUGCUGACGGCACCUUCGUGAAACGCGCGACACCAUUCGACGAGCUGCGCAACCUCGCUCUCAAUAACCGGUCCACCUGGAAGCCGGAGGACGUCGCUGUCGACACCGUCUUCUCGCAGCUCUUGCAGCUGCCGACGCCCGACUGCAAGCUUGUCUACUACCACUCGGUCCUUACGGAAGCCUGCAAGCUGGCACCAGCUGCCAUUGCCCCCAGCUUGGGCCGCGCCAUUCGCUACCUGUACCGCAACAACCCGCGCAUGGACCUCGAGCUAUCGUAUCGCUGCGUCAACUGGUUCUCGCACCACCUGAGCAACUUCGGCUUCACGUGGAAGUGGGCAGAGUGGUCGGAUGAUGCUGCGUUGUCGGACCUGCACCCGGCCAAGUGGUUCCUCAACGGGGCGCUGGAUAAGGAGAUUCGACUGAGCUUCGCUCAGAGAAUCCAAAAGACGCUCCCCGAAGCAUAUCAGCACCUCAUUGGCCCAGCAAAGGAGCAGGAUGUACCGGAAUUCAAAUACAAGAACCCGGACACUCCGUUCUCCGCCGAAGGCCAGCAGAUUGGCGCAUUGCUGCGCCGCAAGGCCACGGAUGAAGAGAUCCAGCCCACCAUUGACGCCAUCCAGGCGCAAGCCCAGGAGCGCGCUCUGGACCCCGUCGUCGCCAGCACGGACGUGUUUGUGACGGCCAUGUGCUGGGUCGGCUCCAAGUCGCUGAGCCACGUCCUCGCCUGCAUCGACAGAAGCAAGGGCCGGCUCAUCGACGCCGGGGCCGCGUCACCGGCGGCGCGCGCACAGAUCAUCUCCUCGGUCAUGGCCUACUGGCACGCGCACCCGGGCGUGGCGCUGUCCAUCAUCGAGAAGCUCCUCAACUACUCGAUCCUGACGCCCUUCUCCGUCGCCGACUGGGCGAUCCUCGCGGAUAGCGCUUCGCACAAGGGAUCGCCGGGCGCGGCGCUGGCGCAGCCCCACAUCUACGAGGUCAUCUUCAACACCGUGUCCAAGGUGACGGGCCGCGUGCGGCAGGUCGUGUCCGCGAUCGGCGGCGACUCCAUCGACGAGGAGGAGGUAGCGGCGCGCGCCAAGGAGGUGGCGGACAUGACGGAGCUGUUCCGCACCGUCAACGAUGCGCUCGAGUCGUGGGCGGGCGGCAGCAAGGACGAGCUGAUGGAGCACGACGGGGCGGGCGGCGAGACGGACGAGACGCUGAUCCGCCGCUGGGGACAGCGUUGGCUGCGCGUGUUCAGGCGGCGCGCGGCUGUCGAGGCGGCGUUUGUAGCCGAGGCGACCAAGGACAAGAUGGUGGUGGAUGGCGAGAACGGCAGCGCUGCUUAG